AUGGCUCAGCUGCCAAUGCGGUUUCCAUGCUGGUGUCGAGCAGUAUAUUCUUGGGGUGGAGAGACAACACGGGAUCUUGGAUUCGUAGAGGGAGAUCUGAUUGAAUGCUUGAAUGCAGGCGACGGACAAUGGUGGAUGGGUCGGUUGCGCCGUGAUAGGCGUGCUGUUGGGCUGUUCCCAUCCAACUUCGUCGAACUGCUCGGCGAAGACUUCGUGCCUGUUAGCCGUGAUACGAGUCCAAUGGUGCUAGCGGGCACUAACCCGAUCAACAAUCCCACAUCGGCGCCCAAGAAACAGAAGACAGUUUGGCGGAAACCCUUUCAGGCGCAUAAGGAAGCCGUGUCGCCAGCUUCGGUCGCUCGGCGCGCAACCGAGUCUAGCCCAGCACCCGCCAUUCCCCAAACACCACCCCGAGAUGGCAGCGCUCCACGCAGUACGAAGCCACUGCGCACGCACGCGUCGGCGGUCAAGAACCAAGGAUCUUUAUCUCGACCCACAUCAUCAGCAUCCCGACCUUCGUCGCGCGGUGUCUCUCCUCGCACGUCAGUGGAGCCGGAGCGAUCGCCGUCGAUGCUGCCCAGAGGAAGCAUCUCAUCCUCUCGACAUUCGUCGCGCGAGCCGUCUCCAUUCCAAACGCAGGAACGUGCAUCUGCAAUUGUGCCGAGGGGUAGCGUCUCAUCUAAUCGGCCUGUAUCUCGCGACCCAUCGCCCUUGCCAAUGCAUGAGCACUCGUCUGCGCUGGUCCCACGGGGAAGUGUGUCAUCUUAUCAGCAUUCGUCUCGGGAGCCCUCUCCACUGCAAAUGCAGGAGUAUCCCCCGCCGACUACAGCACAUGGCAGUUUUUCAUCUUACCGGGGAUCGUCUCGUGAGCCGUCCCCUUUGAACAUGCAAGAAUACCCGCCCCCGACCAUGCCCCACGGGAGUGUCUCAUAUCAUACACCAUCGCGUGAGCCGUCUCCGUUGUACAUGCAGGAUCAUCCACCAGCCCCUAUGCCACAUGGAAGUAUCCCAUCUUACCGGGCUCCGUCACCACUACAAAUGCAGGAUCAUUCGUUUGCGAUGGUUCCACGUGGGCACAAUUCGUCUUACCGGGUUCCAUCGCGUAGCCCAUCUCCGUUGCCAAUGCAGGAGCAUUCGUCGGCGGUGGUUCCACAUGGCAGUAUGUACCGGGGCCCCUCGCCAGGGCCGUCUCAGCUAUACAUGCAAGAUCACCCACCUGCACCUAUGCCGCAUGGCAGCAUGUCAUCAUACAGGGCUCCAUCGCCAUUACCUAUGCAAGAGCACUCAUCUGCACCAGUUCCACACGGGAGUAGUUUCCCUUACCGAGGUCCAUCUCGUGAGCCUUCUCCAGCACCCAUGCAAGACGAGCGAGAAGACUCCCCACCGCCUCCACCACCACCUCCACACAGGGUUGCCAUCAGUCGUGCAGACACCCGCUCUCCGCAACCACCAAUGCACCCUCAGCAACGAAGUCUUUCUCCCCAGCCACCCAUGCAGUCAUCACAGCAUCGUGCCCAAUCCCCUCAACCACCAUCGCACUCCCCUCGCCCAUCACGAUCUCCCACGCCUCUUGUUAUGAAUGACCGCUAUGUGAUAUUUGAUCGUACCCCAUCGCCAUCUGCAGCCUCAACACGCUCUGGUGUGUCUGCAACCUCAGCCCAGUCGGAUCUUCAAGGCAACACACCGUCGCCGCUUCGAGAUGCCAUGGAAGAUGUCAUGACCUCAUUGGAGGACAUGGGUCUCCCUCGCGAAGCCCAGUCGCCGUCUCCGUCCCCAAUGUUUAACAACCCAUGGGCCCCAGAAGCAUUUGAUACUUCACACGAAAAGACUCCACAGGGCAACAGGCGUCGCCCUUUGACGUCAAUGGGCUUUGAUGGCGAUAAAGAGCAGCCGCAAGGUGGACUGGUCCACCGCAAUAGCGUCUAUAGCCAUGACCAUAUGGAUGGUCCACCUCAGCUCAAUAAUUAUGUACAGAGAAUGGAAAGCCGCUUGCGUCAAUUGGAGGAUCAGAACCGGUCAGCGGAUGAUCGACGAGCUGGCCAGGACGACGAUGAUGCGCCUCCUCCGCCUCCUCCCAAACAUGCCACAUACCACCCGCGCAACAACUCUAUACCGGGGCAGCACGCGCCCCUCAGGUCAAGACGCUCUGGUCAGGACCUGCGAGGAGAUAUUCUCAACCGAUCCUUCACCAACAAAUCCAGUGCCACGAAUUCUUCAAGCGGUAUGCAAAGCAAUGGAACGGCCAUGACGACGAGCACAGACCAAACCCAUCAAAGUGUUAUGAGUGGCUUCUCCGCGGGAGGGUUCAGCGCGACGAGUGCGGGUAGCUUUGCCCGUCGAGGUGGGCACGAGCGACCGAACACUGCCAUGGACACUGUCCGUUCUCGCGGAUUCAGCGAUGUGCGCCCAGAGACACCCUUUACUGGUGUUUCGUACCAUUCCAGUCAUAACUCUUCUCGCCAGGGUGCAUCAUCAGCAAUCCCAUGGUCAUCCGCCGGCCUUGACCAGACGGAUCAUAGUGGAGUUUUUGGAGGUCUUUCUACGCCGAAGAGCAAGAAGCCUGGCUUUUUCAAAAAGAUAUUCGAAACGGCCAAGACUGGCGCAGCGAGUGCAAGGAGCAGUAUCUCGGUUGGUCACGGCGAAAGAGCCCAUUCUCCAGCCAAGAGCAACAGAGGUCUAGACGUAGUGUCGCCGGCUCUCAACUUCCACUCAAAUCGUGAUGCUCGCGAUGCGGGCCACACACCUAGCACCAUUGACUGGGUUCAGGUGCGACGUGAUGUAAAUCGAGCGUCAUCUCCUAGCCGGAAUGAGAGGAUCGAAAGCGCCGAACGGUGCCAGAUGAUGGACCACCCUGUCAUUUACUCCGUUGAAGAGCUGUACGAUACUGCAGAAGGUGACGAGAGCAUUGAUGGACAACCACUCACCGAGCCCACGAACUUCCACGCAGCGAAUCUCAACCUUGUUGAUAAAAGUGCGCGCUUCAUCAGCAGCCUUCCUCCAUUGACAAAUCCCACGAGUCUCGCUCAAGCCUAUAUUUGUCGGCCCUACAAGAGUGAUGUUCAACGUCUUCGCGCCAUCUUCACGUGGGUCAGCGAGAAGAUCGCAUGGGAGGAACCUGUUGACGGGCUCGAAGUCGACAUGAAGAGACUUUUGCAGGCCAAACGAGGUACCCCAGAGGAAAUCGCACUACUGGUGCACGAGAUGUGCGCAGCAGUCGGACUACACACAGAGGUCAUCCGAGGAUACCUCAAGAGCCCCGGAGACGUCCUCGAUCUCGACAGCCUCUCCCGUCCAAACCACUGGUGGAACUCGGUUCUGGUCGAUGGCGAAUGGCGCUUCAUGGACUGCGCCCUUGCAAACCCCACAAACCCCCAACGCAGUAGGUUCGUGACCAACAAUUCGUCCGUCGCAGAGAGCUGGUACUUCCUCGCGCGCCCACUCGAGAUCUGCUACACUCACAUUCCGCUCUAUCCCGAGGAACAGCACAUCUGCCCCCCAAUCUCACCAGAUGUCCUGCUCGCCCUGCCGCCUGUGUGCCCGCCCUUCUUCAAGCUCAAUGUCCAGAUCCCAGACUACGACACCAGUCUGCUCCGUCUCGACGGGCUACAGGUAAUGCAGCUACGCAUGCUAGUCCCCGCAGAUGUCGAAUGCGCGGCCGAAGUCGAAGCCCCAGCGUUUGCGCGUGACGCAGACGGCGACGUCUUCGAAAGCGGAGAUAUCGUGCGCAAACGUGCACUAGUCCAGCCAGAUUGGGUCAGGGGCCAAAAGCGCAUUACCAUCAAGGCUGUACUCCCGGGCGACGAAGGCCAGGGCGUUCUAAAGAUCUACGCAGGCAAAAAGGGUCUGAUGCACUCAAGCCGAGACAUCCCACACCCACUCGCCUUGGCCUUGCCAAUACUCCACACAGGAGAGAACCCGCCUUACGAUUUCGUCCUCCGUCAUCCUACGCCACACGCCCAGCGACACGACUUGUACAUCAUGCAGCCGCAGUGCUCCCGCCUCGCAGUGAAUAAUACCUUCGUCUUCGCCGUCCGACAACACUCCGCCGCACCAGGCAAAGAAGACACUACCUCGAAUGGCCGCGGCUCGCCAUCGUCUGUUUUUACCCGUCCGUCCAGCGCGUUGAGCAUGGUAUCCAGCACAGCGGGCGGGUCGACUGUGUCGGGUGCUUCGAACGAGUUCUCGGCCUCUACCUCGGCUAUCUCAUCAACCAAAUCUGGUUCUGGGCGUGACAAGGCGGCGAAACUGGCGAUUCAGUCGCCCUCCGGCAAGAUUCUGCGCCUCACCCGUAAGGCGGAGCACAUGAUCAGCGGUGAUUCUGGGGCGCAAUCGGUUACCGAUGCUGUUGCUGAGGGCGGUGUUUGGGAGACUGUUAUCAAGAUCGGCGAACGUGGUAUGUGGCGUGGUCUGGUGCUAGCAGACCGGGCUGCGCGGUGGUGUGUAUUCUGCGAGUGGGAGUGUGUUUGA